UUACGUCUUUGUUAACUUAUUGCUGAUUUGUACUUGUUACGAAAAUAAAUAAGGAAAUGGAUUCUCGGGGAAACAUCCAUUGUCGCGCCUCGCUGCUGUUUCCCUACGCUUGACUGUCGAAGCUCGGUCGCGGCCUCUGCUUCUGUCGUUACUCGAUAUUCCAGUACACUGUACAGUAUUCUGUAGCGUGUAGUGUAACGUGUUCACUAAUCCUGUAAUCAUAGACCAUAAGGCGUUUUUUAUUUGUGCUUUCUGAACUGUGCAUCAGUGCGAUGGAGACCAAACUUACUUUCAAAGAGCUUGGACUGAGUGAAUGGAUUUUAAAUCAUUUGAAAAGUUUGGGAUUUAACAAGCCAACACCAGUGCAGAGAAAUUGCAUAACACCAAUAUUGUCAGGUGAAGGAUGUAUGGGUUGUUCAAAAACGGGGACAGGAAAAACUGCAGCAUUUGCCCUUCCAAUUCUACAAAAGUUAUCUGAAGAUCCAUAUGGAAUAUAUUGUCUUGUGCUUACGCCAACCAGAGAACUGGCUUACCAAAUAUCAGAACAGUUUGCAUUAUUAGGAAAACCAAUUAAUGUCAGAACAACAGUCGUUGUUGGAGGAAUGGAUUCUCUUGAACAAGCCGCAGAGUUGAAAAGGAAACCUCAUAUUGUGAUUGCAACACCGGGAAGGCUUGCUGACCAUAUUAGAAAUUCUGAAAAUGGAGUAAAUUUUAGGAAAAUAAAAUUUUUAGUUCUUGAUGAAGCUGAUCGGUUAUUGGAUAGACUAGAUGGAGAUUUUGGAGAUGAUUUAGAUGUUAUUUUCAAUAUUCUUCCAAAGAAAAGGCAGACAUUACUAUUCAGUGCUACAUUAACAGAUACCCUGAAAGAAGUUCAAGAUCUCAACGCAAAGAAACCAUUUGUUUGGAGUGAACCGAAAACUGUUUCAACUGUUGAUGAACUUGACCAGAGAUACGUACUUAUACCAGAGCAUGUCAAGGAUGGAUACCUUGUGUUUAUAUGUAACAGUAUUCUUGAAAGCUCUCCGAAUCAUUCUAUAAUGAUCUUCACAAAAACAUGCAAAAACUGCCAAAUAAUUGCAAUGUUAUUACGAAGUGCUGGAUUUGAUUGUACAUCUUUACAUUCCUUAAUGAGUCAAAGAAGUCGCCUCGAUUCUUUAUCAAAGUUUAAAUCCAGUGGGACACGUUUAUUAAUUGCUACUGAUGUUGCUGCGAGAGGUUUAGACAUUCCUUUGGUCCAGACUGUUAUAAACCAUAACAUACCAGGAGCACCAAAAACUUACAUUCAUAGGGUAGGUAGAACGGCUCGAGCAGGAAGAAGUGGAAUGUCAAUAUCUCUUGUCACCCAAUUUGAUAUUCAUAGAGUACAAGCUAUCGAAGAAGUUAUCAACACAAAAUUAAAAGAUUAUGAAGUUGCGGAAAAUGCUGUGCUGAAAAUUUUGACAAAAGUUAAUGUAAUGAGGCGCGAAAUUGAAAUUAAAUUAGAAGAAAAUGAUUUUGGAGAAAGAAGAAAGUUGAAUAAACGAAAAGCAAUAAUGAGAGAAGGAAGGGACCCAGACGAAGAGAAGAAACAAGAAAAACGUUUGAAGUUUGAAAGAAGAAAACGUGAAAGGAAGUUACGAAUGAAGCAAGGACCCAAUAAAAUGUCUUCUACAUAGGAUAUAUAUUGACUUUCAGAAAUAAAACUUGCGUUUGUUGAAUUCUCUGA